UUUCACGACAGCCGUUAAACGGGAGCCAAUGUCGAACAUUUUGCAGAAUCACCAUGGCGUUGAAAGAGACUGCUGGGUUGUAUGAGACUCUAAAAGCUGAAUGGAACAAGAAAAAUCCAAACCCGAAUAAGUGUGGAGACCUUUUGAGCAAGCUCAAGGUUUCUCUACUGGAGCUGAAUUUUUUACCUACCAAAGGAUCUGGUAUCACCAAGCAGCAGCUUAUUUUAGCUCGCGAUGUCCUUGAGAUCGGAGCUCUGUGGAGCAUCCUCAAGAAAGACAUUCCAUCUUUUGAGAGAUACAUGGCUCAACUGAAAUGUUACUACUUUGAUUACAAAGACGAGCUGCCUGAAGCUGCCUACAUGCACCAGUUACUUGGGCUGAACCUUCUCUUCCUGCUCUCACAGAAUCGUGUGUCUGAGUUUCACACAGAACUUGAGAGACUGAGUGCACGAGAUAUUCAGACCAACGUGUACAUCAAACAUCCCGUUUCCUUAGAGCAGUACUUGAUGGAGGGAAGCUACAACAAAGUAUUUCUGGCUAAAGGCAAUAUCCCUGCUGAGAGUUACACCUUUUUCAUUGAUAUUCUGCUUGAUACCAUUCGGGAUGAGAUUGCCGGUUGCAUAGAGAAGGCGUAUGAGCAGAUCCAGUUCAGUGAAGCUACCAGAGUGCUUUUCUUCAACUCUCCUAAAAAGAUGACCGAGUAUGCCAAGAAGAGAGGAUGGACUCAGAACACAGAUGGCUGCUACACCUUCACCAGUCAGCAUCAGCGAACAGAAGAAGUGACCAUACCCUCCACGGAGCUGGCACAGCAGGUCAUCGAAUACGCACGACAGCUGGAAAUGAUUGUGUAAUCCGCCCCCAGGAACACUCAACCGUGUACAGACGCACUCGGAUAAACACGCCACCGAUCCAGGAUGCACCCAGUCAGCUCAAACACUGUUUCACCAAAGGAUGCGACUUCUUCUAUUACCAGGGUGGAUGAUUUAUGUUCCAUAACUCAAAAUUAAUUAAAAACGUGUUCCUCCAGUUUUCUAAAAUAUAUCUGCUGGUUCUUGUAUUUUUUUUUUUUUUUCUUUUCACUUUCAAAUGUGGAAAAGCAACCGCAACCCAUCUGUCUUUAUUGGAGAAAUGAUAAGGGUUUCAUUAAUUAUCCUUUUCCAAGAUAUUUCUGUUCUAAAUUAAAGGUAGCAUUAAAAAUAUUGAGAUUACGACUUGAGACCCAACAAUUACCAAAAAACUUUGGACUUAGUCAUCACCUACAGUCAUCUUUAUCUUUUAAUAGCAUUUGUAUACAGAGUUCAGUCCUUAAUCCUGGUUUUUAUCCACAAUUAAAACAUUUGUCGUUAAAACUUGUUUGUUUUCUCCACUUGGUUUUCUGAUGCAGUUCUUUGCAAUAAAUGAUUUUCAAAAGGAGAA